AUGGAUGCACGAAAGAGAAAGUGUAAGUUGGUCUCAGGCGAGGAAAGUCCAUCGGAAGUUAAAACGGAUGGACGAUACAAAGAGAAUGAGUUGGCGAUCACAGAGACAGGUCAAUUCAAAAAGUUCGGGAGACGGUACAUGGGAGACGGCACAUGGAAGUUGGAACUCGGAACAAUGGAAGAGAAAAUCAAAUCACCUUGGCCCGAAUUGCAUCCGCAUCAUCCACAUGGCAACAAGGAUUUAGAAGGACAAUCUCGAGCUAGCUUCGAAUGCGUAUACUAA